CAGAAAACAUUACAAACUUUGUGUGUAUUUGUUACAAUUAAAUCACUCUCACACCCAGACAUAAACCAACAUUCAGAACCGCCUCAACAUGCCGACCAAAACCUUGUACUAACAGAAACACAGUGAAAAGGAUUCAUUGAAGGAAGUUAUUAACAGAAUAAAAAUGGUGUUGCCUAUGGCUAUGUGUGGACAAGAAGAACUUGAAUUAUCUCUAGAUGGAAGUCACUAUAGUCUUUCUACCGGAAUAUUACCUUCUCUCGGUGCAAAAAGUAACCGGAGAGUUAAACUCAGACCUCUCAUUAUAUCCCCCUAUGACCGCCGUUACAGGAUAUGGGAAACAUUUCUUGUAAUACUGGUGGUGUAUACUGCUUGGGUAUCUCCAUUUGAAUUUGGGUUCCUGAGGAAACCACAAGCACCACUUUCAAUCACAGAUAAUAUUGUGAAUGGAUUCUUUUUUAUAGACAUAGUUCUCACUUUCUUUGUGGCUUACGUAGACAAAACAACCUAUUUAUUCGUAGAUAAGCCAAAACAGAUUGCUUGGAAAUAUGCAAGAACUUGGCUUGCCUUUGAUGUUAUCUCCAUCAUUCCUUCAGAGCUUGUUGUAAAGCUAUCUCCUUCUCCUUUCCAAACCUAUGGUUUAUUCGACAUGCUUAGGCUUUGGCGUCUUCGAAGAGUUAGUGCUCUGUUUUCUCGGCUUGAGAAGGACAGAAACUAUAACUAUUUUUGGGUUCGGUGUGCAAAGCUUAUUUGUGUUACCCUUUUUGCUGUACAUUGUGCUGGAUGUUUUUAUUAUCUAAUUGCCGCACGUUAUCAUGAUCCAAAAAGGACUUGGAUUGGGCAAACAUCGGAAGAUUUUGUUCAACUGAGUUUGUGGACAAGAUAUGUAACAACUAUUUACUGGUCCAUCACUACUUUGACAACAGUUGGUUAUGGAGAUUUGCAUCCUGUUAAUGAAAGGGAAAUGAUGUUUGACAUUUUUUACAUGCUCUUCAAUCUUGGAUUAACAGCAUAUUUGAUUGGUAAUAUGACUAACUUAGUUGUCCACGGCACAAGUCGAACUAGAAAAUUUAGGGAUACCAUACAAGCUGCCUCAAGUUUUGCACAAAGGAACCAAUUACCACCUCGUUUACAAGAUCAAAUGCUUGCACACUUGUGUUUGAAGUUUAGAACAGACUCAGAAGGAUUGCAGCAACAAGAGACACUUGACUCUCUUCCUAAAGCUAUUAGAUCAAGCAUUUCACAUUAUCUUUUCUAUUCUCUUAUGGAUAAUGUUUACUUAUUUAAGGGGGUUUCAAAUGAUUUGCUCUUUCAAUUGGUAUCAGAGAUGAAACCAGAGUAUUUUCCCCCCAAAGAAGAUGUUAUUUUGCAAAAUGAAGCUCCAACUGAUUUUUACAUUCUAGUCACGGGUGCCGUGGAGUUGUUAGUUCUCAAAGGUGGAGUUGAACAAGUUGUUGGAGUGGCAAAAACAGGAGAACUUUGUGGCGAGAUUGGUGUUCUUUGCUAUAAACCACAACAUUUUACAGUUCGAACCAAACGAUUAAGUCAAUUGUUGAGGUUGAACCGUACCACCUUCUUGAAUAUUGUUCAGGCUAAUGUUGGGGACGGUACCAUAAUCAUGAAUAAUCUUCUUAAGCAUUUGAAAGAGCUGAACGAUCCAAUAAUGGAAGGAGUGUUGGUAGAGACAGAAAACAUGUUAGCUCGUGGUAGGAUGGACCUACCAGUAAGUCUAUGCUUUGCAGCAUCAAGAGGAGAUGAUUUGUUGUUACAUCAAUUGUUAAAACGGGGUCUGGAUCCAAAUGAAUCUGACAACAAUGGAAGGACAGCUUUGCAUAUAGCAGCAUCUAAAGGAAAAGAAAACUGUGUUUUACUUCUUCUGGAUUAUGGGGCCAAUCCCAACAUUAAAGAUUCAGAUGGAAAUGUAGCACUAUGGGAAGCUAUACUUGGUGGACAUGAAUUAGUGGGCAAACUUUUGAUAGAAAAUGGUGCUACCUUACAAAACGGUGAUGUUGGUCAAUACGCAUGCACUGCUGCUGAACAAAACAAUCUCAAUUUGCUAAAAGACAUUAGGCGUCACGGAGGAGACAUCACACUCACAAACAGCCUCGGAACUACAGCAUUACAUGUUGCUGUCUCCGAAGACAACGUUGAUAUUGUCAAAUAUCUUUUAGAUCAAGGUGCUAACAUUGACAAACCAGACAAACAUGGUUGGACUCCCAGAGAUUUAGCUGAUCAACAAGGACAUAUAGAAAUCAAAGCCAUUUUUGAAGCCAAAGGAGAACCUAAGGCUCAAUCUUUUGUUGCUAUGCCUAUUCCUGAGAGACAGGGUAGUAACGUGAGGUACCUUGGUAGAUUUACUAGCGAGCCAACAAUUCCUACAUUACAACAAGAUGGAACAUUUAAUGGAAAUGAUGGAUCUUGGAUGGAAAAUCGCCCGAGGCGAAGGACUAAUAACUAUCAUAACUCGCUUUUUGGGAUAAUGUCGGCUGCACACAAAGGAGAAAAUGAUCAUUUUUUUCCUGUUAAUACUAACAUGAAUAAUAGCAAUGCAAGGCAUGGUGGUGUGAAUAGUAUUCUGCGUCAAACUAGAGUUACAAUUAGUUGUCCUGAAAAAGGUGAGCUUGCUGGGAAGCUUGUAUUGUUGCCUGAGAGUUUUAAAGAGUUGCUUGAGAUUGGAGCUAACAAAUUUGGUAUUGUUGUGGCUAAGGUUGUGUGCAAAUAUGGUGGAGCUGAAAUUGAUAAUAUAGAUGUUAUUAGAGAUGGUGAUCAUCUUGUUUUUGUUGGUGCUGGUGGGGUGUUAGAUUCCAAUUGUCCAACACCUUCCAAUGGUGUCAUUCCAUAGUGUGCCUUUAUUUUUAGUUUAGCAAUAUCAACGUUUCCUCUAGUCAUGUUUGAGGCACUGUCUGACACCAUAUAAUAUAUUUUUUUAUAACAACUAUAUUUUUUUCUUGGUCUUUUGUGCUCUUCAAUUGUAAAUCUUCUACCGGUUCCUUUUGUUGGAAUGUAAAAUGAAAAUGAAUGUUGGUCA